UUGGGACAUAGGCCGUUGGAUAGGUAACUGGGCUUGUUCUACAAAAUUAGAUACAAGCCCAAUUUAAUUAUUGGGCCAAGGACCGCUGAGUGAAGUGAAAAGACAAAUAUGCCACCAGAGGAUUGAAGCUCAAGCAUAUCCUCUGCUUAUUCCCCCUUCCCCGGCCCCGGCCAGCUUGGCCUCUGUUUCGCUGUUAACAUGCCCCCAAACCGACUCUUGAGUCUUCCUUCGCUUAAUUACCAUCACCGCCAUUGCUUGGUUCCUCCCUGCGUUUCUUCCAUCUACAAUGUCUAGAAUACACGUGAAGCAAUUCUUCGCAAAUAUUGAUUUCAGCAGGAGCAAUGUGUUGUUGAAGACAGAGGAUUUGUUGAAGAAGUAUUCGUGCCAUAUUCUGAACCGUUUCCAAUGGUCGAAGGCGGAGGGCGAUCGAUUGGAGGGGGAAAAUGGUUCAGAUAAUAGGCUUGCUGGUUUUGAUUCGGAGAUGAGUAGUAGUAGCUCAUCGGAUGAUGAAUUGGGGAAUAAUUCUAGUAAUAAAUGGAAGCCGGAGAUUGCUUGGCUUGGUAGAGCUCUUGAGCCGGCUUUGCAGUUGUACAAGUGGGCGCUUCCAACAUGGAAAACAAUUGAAAGCAAACCGCCACCCACCGAUAGAUCUAUUGCAGAAAUAUUUUCCAGUAUACAGAGGAGUAAACUUGGAAUUCAGGAAUGGAGUCUGAGUGAUCUUACUAUCGGUUUGUAUCUCAUGUAUCUUCGGCAAGCAUCCAGAAGCGAUUUAGAGGAAGUGAAGGGUGAACUCAUCUCUUCUGAGUUCAUUGUUCAGGAUUUGAUAUACCACAUUGAACUAGCCAAAGGUGCUUACAAAGACAGCUCUCGUGGUUUGGCAAGGAGUAGCAUGCUCCAAGAGAAAAAUGUGGUGAAGUUUGUAAAGAAUUCUAGCUUGUUGAGACCUGGCUAUUACAUAGGAGUUGACAUGAGGCAAAAGCUAGUCAUUCUUUGUGUCCGUGGGACUCACACCAUAUACGACCUCAUUACUGACAUAAUAUCUUCUGGUUGUGAAGAAAUCACAUUCGAAGGCUACUCAACCCACUUUGGCACUGCUGAGGCUGCUCGUUGGUUCUUAAAUCAUGAGAUGGAGACUGUCAGAAUGUGCAUACAGAAACACAAGGGUUUUAGAUUGAGGCUUGUUGGUCAUUCCCUUGGAGGUGCAACUGCUUCUUUGCUUGCAAUCAUGCUUCGUAAAAAGUCAUUUAAGGAGAUUGGCUUUGAUCCAGAAACAAUUACAGCAGUUGGAUAUGGCACACCCCCUUGUGUCUCCAAGGCACUUGCUGAAAGUUGCUCCGAUUUUGUGACCACAGUGGUGAUGCAGGAUGAUAUAAUCCCAAGACUAAGCAUCGGUUCCUUGACAAGAUUGAGGAAUGAAAUUAUUGAAACUGAUUGGGUAAGUGUUCUGAAUCAAGAAGAUUGGAAAGGUGUUGUGGAUCUCAUAAAUAAUGCAAGGCAGGUGGUGUCUUCUGUACAAGAUGUUGCUGGGAGAAUCUCUGACUAUGCUAGGUUCAGAGGACAGGCAAAAUCCAAGAUAUCCAGGACAAACAACAUUUCCACAGAUAGAAGCGCAGGUCGAAAUUCAAGUACUUGUAGCAAGAGCAAGAGGCUGGAGCAAGUAGAAAGUAAACGGGCUGGCAGCAAAGUGGGCGAGGAUAUGGAUUUGGAUUUGUUUGUGCCGGGCAGUCUGUAUUAUGUGAAGAGGAACAAGGACCCUGAAAGGCAGCACAAGCAAAUGGAGUACUUCUCACUGCUGAAGAGACAUCCGGGCCAACAUUUUCAGCAAAUACUGCUUUCGAGCAGAUUAAUUUCGGACCAUAAAUGUGAAAGCCAUUAUUAUGCACUGAGGGACGUGCUCAAAGGUUUGCCUAUUUCCUCAGACCACUGAAAUCCAUUCUUAAUUACAUUAGAUUAGAUUGACGCUGUUUCCCAUGUCUUGCUAGUGUGUGUUAUUUAUAUAGAGGUAUAGACGGUUGGUUGGUUCAGCACUCAUGGCUAGAAUUUUUGAAGCCAUUGGAGCCGCCAACUUGCAAAGUUUAAUGGUCUGCAGUUUUUUGAUAAAAAUCAGGCCUCAUUUUAUCUAUAAGCGAAUACGCGACAUGUCUGUCUUCUCUGAUGAUCGAUCUGAGUCAUUGUGAUCAUUGUAGUUUUCUAUUUUAAAUACGACCAUCUUGGAUUCA